AUUACUCAUUGCAGACAGUAGCUGUCAGCAGCUCAACAGAACACUGAAGCAGAAGGGACAGCACUGGUCAUACAACUGUCACCCAAUCAGCACCAUGGCUCUGUCCCAUGGUUGUCAUGGCAAUACAUUAAGCUCGAGUUGUCUCCCAGAGAAGCCCGUGGGAACAAGUGCUUCUGCUCAGUUGCCAUGCAAAGCAAGGUGCAGGGGGAACUGACAACACAACAAAGGAAAAAUACCAGUCAUAAGAAAGAAAGGGCAGGUAAUGAAAACCUGACUUACACUAAUAUUUGGGAUUACCUACCAUUGGCUUCAGCACCAUGCAAGGACAUGACAAUUUACUCACUUCAAGGAAUAAGACUGCAUUUUAAUUUGCAUUUGGAUUAUUUCAUACUAAUGGACUAGUGGUUUGCAAAUAAAGUUUUCGAGAGCUAAUAAGGAUAUCCACUUUUUUGAAAGGAUUUCUGUCCAGAUUUUCAUGCAAAACUAACAGUACUCUGAAAGUGCUUUAAGGAUCCUGAUCUUAAACGACACAAUCUGUUCGGACACACAGCACUAGGAGUCCAAAGAACAUCUCUCAGUGGGUGCCAGAAAACCAUAUUUAUGUUCUGAACAGCAAUUUCAGUCCACUGCCUGUGCUUCAAGAUCUAAUGAUGUGAUAGCAAUGCUGAUUCUCCCAUCUGACUUCAUCUGAGUAUUACAGUACCACCUCUGAAAACAAUGUUCCUUACAUGACCUAGUGCUGGCCGGGUUACAUCUGUCAUUCUGACCAUCUGAAACUGUUACUUUGAUAAUGGAUUCCUAGAUAAAACAGUUGACACCCCAUCUUGUAACAGUUCUGAAGUGCUGCUACUGAUGAAUCAGAUAAAAGGGGGAAAUCGGAUGCAGUGACAAAGAUGCCUGAUAAAAUGGGGAUUCUUGGAUUCAUAGGUCCCUAAUAAACAAAGAAGGAGGGAUUUUUUCUGUUUCAAUGUCAGGCAUCAGAACUGCACCAUGUAACUAUCAAGCAGCAGGAUCCACCACUACCUGUGGCAUGGACACUGAUCAUCGAACAGAUGUUCUGCCAGCACAUUUGUCAGUGUUACAAAAUCAGAUGAGAGCAAUUUCAUGUACAAAUGUUAUGACAUAUAAACAUUUUGAUGAGCAACAGGACCAAUAUAGGAUAAAUCCAGGCUCACAUGAUGCUGUACGGCUCAGAAAUAUUGGCCUGGGCUAUUUCUCUAAUAAUAAUAUACACCCUCAAGGUGCUAAUGAGAAUCCAUGGUCAUCAGAGCAACACCAUAUGAUAAGUACACCUUUCAACACUACAGAAGCUCGACUGUAUCAUAGUUUGGAGAACCUACACUGGUCAGCUGUUGCAGAUUCAAGACUACACGCUACUAAUGCUCCAUACAGAUGUAUGGACAGUGAGUUCCUGUUUCAUUGGAAAGAUGACAGUCAUGGUUAUGAAGAGUCAACACAUAAAUCUCAUGUCCAAAGUGUGGUGCAGGUACAAGGAAACAGCCCAAAUGUACUUAAACAGACAACUGUCCAACAGGACAAUUCUCACCUUGCUAAGGUGCCACAGUGUCAUGUUUCUCCAGCAGGUGACAGAAAGGCUGGCAGAGAUAUUAAAACAGAGUUAAGGGAGAGACUUAGACAUCCCACCUUUAAGGCCAUCGACUCCAGUAAGGUAAUCUGUUGCAGUGGCUCUUUAACUAAUCAUGCCAUGAAGCAGGGCACAGAAAACAGCACAUGCAGGAACUGUAACAAAAUCUGCUUAGGAAACUGUUCAGAAGCACCUGUGAUGACUGCUGCUCAGGCACACAGCACCCCAGCCAUAAAGCAGAGACUCACCUCCCUUUACAGAUUAACAAGCCCUGAAGAGAUCAAGCAGGAGGCGAUUCGAAGACUUCAGCUUAGAAGACAAAACAGCAGCCCAAACCUUAACCUCCGCUAUGAAAAAUUUGGUAAAAAUGUAGUCAAGUCUAGAACAACAGAAUCUUUGCAAGAGAGUGAAAUCAAGGGUGAACUUUCACACCGAUCAGAAUUAGCAGCAGACAUGAAGAAAUUCUCCAAAGGGAGAGUAUACAUACCUACCUUUGAGGAGUUCAAGAAAAUGAGAAAUAAAGGUGGUGCCCUCACUAACAGCUAUAAAAAAAGUGGUCAAAACGUAAAGGAGCAAACUUCUACAGAUAGACACACAGUUGAGGGAGAAAACAGGAAAGAAUAUCAGACACUAAAAAAUCAUUUGUUUACAAACGAACACUUUAGCAACAUAGAGAGUGACAACAUUUUAGAGGAGACUGAUGAACAACUUCAUAGCAACAGGAGUCAGUUCUCACCUACACAUUACUGCAGUAAUCAAAAUGUUUAUGGCAGUAUUAACUGCAGUAACCGGGAUAAGCCGAAAGACACAACAACAACAACAACACUUCAAAGUGCAGGCCAGAGUACUGGUUUCAGGCAAAAAGAAGAUACUGAUGGUGUGUCAUCCCCAAUAUGCACAAGCCCUGUUCCCAGAUCACCUUUACAGGUAGCAACUACUGUUUGUAGAGGAAAUGACAUCAUAAGCCAGCAGCACAGUACAAUGGACAAGAAAUAUGGCAAGACGUUUAGUUUUUCAGAACAUUCACAGACUAGUGAAGCAUCAUCGACUUGUUGUCAUUCACUAUUACUCGAUACUCCAGAUCUUUCCAGUUAUGGAGCAACACUACAGAAAAUGAAGGAUGGAAUUAUUGGCUCAGCAUUAGAUCUAAUCAAAAAAAGAUGCAGCACUGAUAUACCUGCUGAAUCUGCAGCUGCAACUUCAGCUGAUGCUGAGAAAUCUGACAGCGCUCCUGAAGAAGGCAAACCAGCUCCUAUCAUUUCCAUUGCAAUAGAAUCCUGCAGCACAGAAACAAGCACCGAUUCACCCACUACAGCUCAACCAACAGAAUGUAAUGCCAGCCAGAACUGCAGAAGAUCGAGUCUCGAUGCAGCAUAUGAAGCUCCCGAUUCUGUUAAAGCUCAGAGAGACUGUCGCCUGCGGCCACACUUCAGUGACCCAAUGCCAACAGAUGCAGUGAAAAGGAAACAACUGGAAAUGAAGAUUGCCGCAGUAGCACGUCUUCAGGCACAGAGACGCCGCCAGGAAAAGGACACAGGUCCUGUUUUGGCAAAAGCCAGCACAAUCGAAGAAUCCAUCUCAGUCCUAAAGCCCAUAGAGAACAGAACUUGCUCAAAAUAUUUGCAGCCAACCAGGCAAAGAUGGAGCAAGCUAAGCAGCCUUAGUGCAGACAGUGGAAUUGUGGGACUGCAAGAUGACAGGGAGGAUAAGGAUGAUGAAGAGGACAGUGACAGGACUAUGAGCUCUGCAGAUGUGGAGAGAGUGGACAGUGGUAUAGGGACAGCAUUAGCCAAGAACUGGAAGAAUCGGAUACCUGAAGUGUCCACCUCCCUGCAGGUCUGGGAGGCUCAUAGACCAUGCACUGAUUGUGGAGAAAGAGACUUUACAUCAGAUUUUCUUGCUGAAAACAGAAACAAAAGAAAGGAGAAUCUCUGUGAGAAAUGUGCAAAGCGCAGGACAGAGCGGAAAGAGGCAAUCUUAGAGUUCAUAAAUACAGAAACCAGUUACGGAGAGGAUCUUAAGAUCAUCAAAGAGGAAUUUUAUGUCCCAAUGCAAUCAGCUGGUCUUCUGAGCCCGGAGCAGCUGGCUGUGGUGUUCAGUAAUGUGCACGAGUUAAUAGACCUUAAUGAAAAAUUCUCAGAGUGCUUACAAGAAGCCAUUGAUCAAGCAUAUGACCAGGAUGAUGAAGAUUUGCUCACUGUAUGUAUCGGUGAAAUAUUUUUGGAGUUCGUCAACAUGCUGCCUGCCUUUCAGACGUACUGUCUCCAGCAGUCUGCUUCAAUCAACAUGCUCAACAGCUUAGAAAAGGAGAAGGAGCUUCUGAGAAUAUUUCUAGAUGUCUCACAGAAUGAUAACACAGUUUUGCGUCGUAUGAACCUAAGAUCCUUUCUCAUGGCUCCAUUACAGAGGGUUACUAAAUAUCCUCUAUUGCUGUGCAGAAUUAUCAAGGCAACAAUUGAAUACCAUCCUGAUCACACCAGUUUGCGAGAAGCAAAGAGUCGAGUUGAAUCCCAUCUAGAGCACAUUAACAUGAAAACAAAGCAAGAAAGUAACACCUGGUCCCUUCGUUCAUUCCGCAGAGACAGCAGGAGAAACAGGGAAGUCAUUAAUAUUGAAAUGAGGGAAAUAUCCAUAAAAACUGUUGGCUGGUCCAGGGAAGAUACUCGUUUUGUUAUGGAAGGAUCUCUACAGAUUGCUCAGCCUCCUGAUGGCCAGUGGAUCAAAAAAGGAACCAAGGCUUUGAAAUUUCAAAAUGUGCAUGUUCUCUUAAUGGUCAACAUGAAACGGCUCUCAGAUUCCUGUCUGGAUGGGUUGUCAGCAGAGAUCUCACCCCACCAUGAGCCCAUUAAAGACGCAGUGUUAACACUCAUUAAGGACAAAAGCAAUGGGAAGUUUGCACUACUCCGAGAGCCCUUGAAGCUCUGUAACUGUGUGAUCUCUAUAGACCCAGAAUGUAAUGAAACAUUUGAAUUGCUGGAAAUCCGACGUGAAGCCUUUGUAUUCAGAGACAGUGACAUGACACGAACCCAUCACUGGUUCAGGCAGAUCAAGCGGUAUUCACGAGAGCUGGGCUCUUGGAAGAAGAGACGUAAUGCUCUGCCUAAUAUUAUGAUAAGUACUACUCAAAGCAAGUCUUAAAUCAGCACAACUACAGAAACCUUUGUGCUUUAAUUUUAAAGCAGGAAUUUUACUAGUACAGAAAAUAUGAUACAAGACAACAGAUUAUUGCAAAAAAGCUAUGGCAUUGAUAGAUACUGCAUGGUAGACUUUUACAGAUCACAAAUGCCAAAUGGAACUAUUUCCAUCUCACUAUAACACCUCACUAUAACAUUUGUAUAUUUUGCACAUCUUAAAAUUGACUCAUAAUUAUUUAAUACAGAAAAUACUGGAACUAGAAUAUUAGUGGCAUGUGUUAAUAUUAUUAGGUACUGCAUAAUAUCAAAUACUUUGUGAAUUACACAGUGGGUAUUCAGUAUUACAUUACACAAGCCAAAAGAUGGGAAUAAUUUAUUAAUGGUAGAUGGAAGGUUAUUUUUUGUUUAUCCUUUCAGAAUAUGCUUUUACAGCAGGCUUUGGAAAGUCCACAAGAAAGAGCAUUUCUUGUGUUUUGCCUUUCAUUACACCACAAUGUAGUAUACUUUGGAUAUACUCACAUUUUUUUAAUGUUGACAUAGCGAUGAGGAUGACUGUAAGACCCCCACAUAAGGACAGUCAGAAAAACUGAAUGCCUAGCCUAGCAGAUGCAACACCAAGGGGUGUGUGUGUGUGUGUGUGUGUGUGUGUGUGUGUGUGUGUGUGUGUGUGUGUGUGUGUGUGUGUACACAAGUGCAUUUAUGUGCACGCAUUGGGUGUUUUGUGUAUGUUUUUCUACACUCACACAAUUGCCUACUAGUUAACAUAUUCAACAUCAGUGUGUGUUGUGUGCAGACAUGCACAUGCCUACUAGUAAACACAUGUUCAGCAUCUGGUAUUGCAUUUUGCAAAUGCUUAAAGCCAACACACAGUAUAGCCUGCCUAAUAAGCGUAGUUCAGAGUGUUAGAAUACUGAUGUCACCUGCACCAUUAUCUUUUUGUGAGAGCGCAAGUAAAUUUUGACAGUGCAGGAACAUAACAUAAUAUAAUAAUAGCAUUGUAACAUUUUAAAAAUGUCAUAUUUUACUACUUUAUAUUCCUGUAAUAAUUUUCUCUACAAUAUUUUUUACUGUUUGUUACUUAAAAUAUGUUGCAUUUGAUACAAAAGAAGCACUUUAUGUAAGCAAUUACAUUCAAUUAUUUUCCCAUCUGUACCUCUCCUUCAUAUGGCAAGCUUUCUAACUUCAAAACUACAGUUCUGCAGUAGGAAGACAGAGCCAUCUAUGUUCAUGUAAAAUGUGUUAGGCAGUGAGGUCUUGGGACUGGCUGCAAAAAAGGAAAAAUAGCACAAGACAUGUCAGUCCAACUGGAUCUGUGCCAUCUCACAUGCUAUGUAUCUAACUGUCAGAAGAAACAUGUUCAGGUAUCUAAAGGGAAAACUAAUUACUUUAGAUAUAACAAGCUGUCAGUUUAUUAAGUAUUUUUUAUUGAGUGUUUGGUUUGUAAGUGAACGGAAAUGGAAAACAAAGUAUACAUUCACGGGGUAAGCAGGACUGAACAUAGCUUACAAGGGUACACAAUACAUUAGUUAAUAAUGUUUGAAAACAAUUGUAAAUAAACAUCCCCUCCCUUAGGUAUACUGUAUGUCUUCUGUCAUCUCCUCAAGGACUGUAAAGAACUGUCGAGUGCAGUGUGAAUAAAUAAAUUUAUAUAAAAUGAA